CGCAGUCCGGGCUCGAGCGUCUUCUCCGUGGCCGUGGCCGUGACCGUUGCCUCCGCGCGGCUCUGGCGGCAGCAGCGGCUCCGGGGGCUCGCAGAGGGCAGCGGGCAGCCCUUCGCCCGUGGCCGCCUCCAGCAGUCAGCGCUGGGACAGGGGUCGGAGGACGCGGCUGCGGGUAGUGCCUGGCCCUCCUCGCCUCCAGCCCCGAGCGACUGCGGGCUCCGGGCAGUCCCCGGGCGGCGGCCGAGGCAGCGGAGCGGCCGGCGGGGGAUGGCGAGAUAGCGGCGCGGGAGCGGCCCGGCUGACCACGCUGUACGAUGAUGGACAUUGCCUUAUGUUUAAGACGACCGUCGCAGAUGGUGGCCAGUGAAAGAAUGAGGAUGAUUUCAAAUUUCCGGUGGUUCUUAUCAACACUAAUUCUUCUUUAUUUAAUGAAUCAAGUAAAUAGCCAAAGAAAGGGGGCCCCUCGUGACUUGAAGUGCACAACUAACAAUUUCGAAGAGUGGGACUGUUCUUGGAAAGCGCCCUCCGGAGCGGGCCGCAGUGCUCUUUAUGAAGUUUGCCUUGAAAACAGGUCCCCUUCAUGUUAUCAAUUGAGGAAAACAAAUACUAAAAUCGCAGCUCUUUCACCUGGUGAUCACGAAAUAACGAUAAACCUGCUACAUGAUUUUGGAAGUUCUAUCAGUAAAUUCAUACUAAAUGAAAAAAAUGUUUCCUUCAUUCCAGAUGCUCCAGAGAUCUUAAGUUUGUCUCCUGACUUCCCAACUUCCACAUUACACCUGAAGUGGGAGGACAAGGGUUCUGCUUUCCCACGCCACGCAAACGUCAUUUGGGAAAUUAAAAUUCUGCGUAAAGAGAAUACAGAAGUCGUGAAAUUAGAGACCUACAACACAACCCUGAGCGGCAAGGACGUUGUCCACCACUGGAGCUGGGUCUCAGACAUGCCCUUGGAGUGCACCACGCACGCCGUGGGACUGCGAUGCUACAUCGAUGAUCCUCAUUUCUCUGGUCGCAAAGAGUGGAGUGACUGGAGCCCCCUGAAGAACGUUUCUUGGUCCACUGAUUCUCAGGGUAAGGUUCUCCCUCAAGACAAAGUGAUACUUGCGGGCUCAGAUAUAACAUUUUGUUGUGUGACUCAAGAAAAAGUGUUUGUAGCCCAGAUCGGCCAUAUGAUAUGUCCCCUUAUUCAUCUUGAUGGGGAAAAUGUCGCAAUCAAGGUCCACAAUAUUUCUAUUUCUGAAGAUAGUGGAACAAACGUGGUUUUCACAACAAAAGAAAACAUUUAUGGAACAGUUAUUUUUGCAGGAUAUCCACCUGAUAUUCCCCAAAAGCUGAAUUGUGAGACAUACGAUUUAAAGGAGAUAAUAUGCACUUGGGACCCAGGAAGACCAACGGCAUUGGUGGGCCCGCGCCAGACAACUUACAGCCUGUCUGAAAGGUUUUCAAGAAAAUAUGUUAAAUUUAAAAGAGCUGACGGGCCCAUAAAUGAAAGCUAUCAGUUAUUCUUUCCCAUCCUUCCGAAUCAAGAGCUGUAUAACUUUACUUUGAGUGCUAGCAAUCCUCUGGGCCGGUCGAAAGCAAGCGUUCUCAUAAACGUGACUGAAAGAGUUUAUCCCCAUACCCCUACUUCAGUCAGAGUGAAAGAUAUUAAUGCCACAGCUGUUACACUUUCCUGGCAUUUACCAGGCAGCUUUGCAACGAUUAAGCUGUUGUGUCAGGUUGAAAUCAACAAAGCAAAUUCUGUACAAGAAGUGCGGAAUGUCACAAUUAAAGGACUGGACACUUCAAAUUAUGUCACUUCUGUGGACAAGUUAAAUCCAUUUACUGUGUAUACUCUUCGGAUCCGCUGUUCUAGUGAAACUUUCUGGAAAUGGAGCAAGUGGAGCAAUGAAAAGGAGUAUUUAACCACAGAAGCCAUUCCUUCAAAGGGACCAGACACUUGGAGAGAGUGGCGUUCCGAUGGGAAAAACUUAGUAAUCUACUGGAAGCCUUUACCCAUCAAUGAAGCUAAUGGAAAAAUCCUCUUCUAUAAUGUAUCCUGUUCAUCAGACGAGAAAACACAGUCCCUCUCUGAGAUCCCCGACCCUCAGCACAAGGCAGAGAUACAACUUGAUAAGAAUGACUACAUUAUUAGUGUGGUGGCAAAGAACUCUGCCGGCUCUUCACCGCCGUCUAAAAUAGCCAGCAUGGAGAUUCCGAACAAAGAGGAUCUGAAAACGGAGCAGGUUGUUGGAAUGGGAAGAGGGAUUCUCCUCACGUGGAAUUACGAUCCCAACAUGACUUGCGACUAUGUCAUCAAGUGGUGUAACUCGUCGCAGCUGGAGCCCUGCCUUAUGGACUGGAAGAAAGUCCCUGCAAACAGCACUGAGACUGUCAUAGAAUCCGAUCAAUUUCAACCAGGUGUAAGAUACAGUUUCUUUCUGUAUGGGUGCAGAAAUCAAGGAUAUCAACUGUUACGUUCUGUAAUUGGAUACAUAGAAGAAUUGGCUCCAACUGUUGCCCCAAAUUUUACUGUUGAGGAUACGUCUGCGGAUUCAAUAUUAGUGAAAUGGGAAGAUAUUCCUGUGGAAGAGCUGAGAGGCUUCUUAAAAGGCUAUUUAUUUUACUUUGAAAAAGGAGAGAGAGAUACAUCUAAGAUGCGGGGUUUGGAAUCAGGCCGUUCCGACGUGAAAGUUAAGAACAUCACGGAUGUAUCCCAGAAGACCCUGAGAAUCGCCGACCUUCAGGGUAAAACGAGUUACCACCUCGUCCUGCGCGCCUACACGAAUGGGGGCCCGGGCCCGGAGAAGAGCAUGUUUGUGGUGACCAAGGAAAACUCCGUGGGGUUAAUCAUCGCCAUUCUCAUCCCCGUGGCCGUGGCCGUCCUUGUGGGAGUGGUGACGAGCGUCCUCUGCUACCGGAAGCGAGAAUGGAUAAAAGAAACCUUCUAUCCUGAUAUUCCAAACCCAGAAAAUUGUAAAGCACUACAGUUUCAGAAGGGUGUCUGUGAGGGAAACAGUGCUCUUAAAACAUUGGAAAUGAAUCCUUGUACCCCAAAUAAUGUCGAGGUUCUGGAAACUCGAGCAGCGUUUCCUAAAAUAGAAGACACAGAAAUAAUUUCUCCGGUUGCCGAGCGUCCAGAAGAGAGCUCUGUGGCAGAACCCGAAAACCACGUGGUGGUGUCCUACUGCCCCCCUGUCAUCGAGGAAGAGGUGCCGAACGCUGGCGUGGAUGAAGCCGGGGGCACUUCCCAGGUCAUUUACAUCGAUGUCCAGUCCAUGUACCAGCCCCAAGCAAAGCCGGAGGAAGAGCCGGAAACCAGCCCUGGGCUGGUAGCAGGCUACAAGCCCCAGAUGCACCUGCCCGUUCCCUCCGCUGCAGAAGACGCUGCUGCAGAAGACGAUGUGGACAAAACUGCGGGUUACAGGCCACAAGCCAAUGUACAUGCGUGGAACUUAGUGUCUCCGGACUCUCCCAGGUCCACAGACAGCAACAGCGAGGUCGUGUCUUUUGGAAGCCCGUGCUCCAUCAACUCCCGACAGUUUCUGAUUCCUCCUAAGGAUGAAGACUCUCCGAAAUCUAAUGGAGGAGGGUGGUCCUUUACAAACUUCUUUCAGAACAAACCAAAUGAUUAACAGCAUCCCUUCCUUCUGCCGUCUCAGUAAGCUGUCAUUGCCAGUGUUGCCGUGUGAGCACCGGGCGUCUUCGGGGGUGGGGGGGGAGGGCGGGAUCCUGUGAGACGUUGCCAGCGAGGUGGACAUCACUGUGUGCAAGUUACAUGAAAAGUGUUCAUGUGCUUUUAACGUAGUCUAAAAGCCAAAGUACAGUAACGCAGAAAUUCAAUCCACACAACUCGAGACUUGGAGCUUUUUGUGAUUUGAGCCAAAGAAUCCCCACGUUCUCCAUCUUCGAGAAGCACUACGAGCCUGAUACUUCUGGUCCCUAUGUGCAAAACAGCCCCCCCGACCACUGUGUCACAUUCUGUCGUGGUUUUCUCACGUGCGUACUUUAUGGAAUUGCAAGCAGAUUGGCAGGCGAGGGAGAAAAAAUGUCAAAGCAGCGGAUGGUGUGGAUUUGCCUGAUGUUGGCUUCAUUCUGGAUAAAAACCAAGCACAGAUUUGAAAACUUUUAACAUUGUUCUCCUCUGUCCACAGCAUUUACAAAAAUUAAUAUAAUUUUUAAUGCAGCGACAGCUCUUUAGUGUUUCGCUUGGUGAGGUGUGCUGGCUUCUGUGCCUACUGUGCCGUGGUUGUCAAACAGUUCUCUCAGGGCUUCAGACUUGGAAAACGAGCACGACGCCGGGCAGCUCCCUUCGGCAUCGUCUUGUCUGCCUUUGGUAGGUUUUCCAAACCUCGCCACUAUUUUUGUAACUGUCAUGCUAGCUUCCCAUAUCGCAGUGGAUUGCCCUAAUAUGUCAGACCUAAAUUCAUAAGACUAUACAUCUACAGUGGUGUUUUUCUUUUUAAUUUGGGUCUUUUUUGUUGUUGUUCCACGAUGUCAGUUAUAUAAAUAUAUGAGCAAAUUCAAUGUAAUUCAUAAACAUCCAAUUCUAGUGACUUACUAUCUGAGACGACUACUGAGCAAUAUCUGGCGGCAUUAGCUAUCUGUGUAGUUCUGACUGGCUUCACUGGCUCCUGAGAAGCCCGUGCCGUUGAGCCGGGUCACCCAGGCGGGGCUGUGGCACCUCGCAACAGGUGUUGCCCCUGCUCGUGCCUCUUAGACGUUCCUCUCUCUCACAUGAUCAUCAGUCCAGACUAUGCGAUCCAGUCCUCGGUUUUGUUUUGUUUUUAAGUAUAAACUAAAAAGAAAAUGCUUCUUAUAGGAACAGUUACUGAAGGGCUAUUUUAUGUGAAAUGUCACCGAGUCCAUUUGAACCAGCGGGCGUACCGACGUCACGGUCGCCCGGUCGCCAUCGGGGUCUUGU